AUGCGCUCCUCAAUCCUCUACCUCACCCUAGCCGGCCUCGCCAGCAUCGCCCAAGCCAACCCAGUCAUCAAGCCAGACGCCCAAGUCGACCCCAAAGGCCUCAUCACCCGCAGCCUCUCCCAUUUCCUCUCCUCCCGUUCCGAAUCAACACGCUCCGAGCCGCCCCCGACAAAGAGGCAAGCAACGCCGCCUCCGCCUCUUACGAGUGCCCCGGCCGCCGCUCCGCCCGGCGGCGGCGCAGUCAACAACGCCAACCGCACCGUCACCUUGACCGUAAUCCAAGGCGACACCCUCGGCCAGAUCGCGCGUCUCCUCAACUCGGGCAUCUGCAACAUCGCGAAGCUCAAUAACAUCGCCAACCCGGAUUUUAUCGAAAUCGGCCAGGUCCUGCAGGUGCCCAUCAACGUCGCCAACCCGGACAAUGAUUCGUGCCUUAACCGCGGCGGGGCGAUCCCGCCCCCGGGGCAGAACGCUACUGCUCCCGGUGCGCCGCCUCCGGCGGGUGGCAAGGGGAAGAAAGUCAGGCGGAGCGGGAACCUGUUUUCUGAGAAGGGUCCCCGGGCGCCGUUGCGCUAA